AUGAAAGGUUGGAUUUUACUGCUGAUGUUGGCAAGGCUUGUCGAUUUUUCCAUGACACAGCCGACCAACUCUUUCACCUGGCUAAGCUAUCUGCGCAACCGAGCCUACAGUCAUGGUUAUGGCCGCAGUCACAAUAACAUCCAUGCCUCUCUAAGAGCAGAGGAUGAGCCUCCUGUGCUGGACUGUCCUUUGGAGUGCGACUGCCCUCCUUCCUACCCCAGCGCAAUGUACUGCAACAACCGCAAGCUACAGCACGUCCCGUUUGUCCCAUCUCAUAUCAAGUAUGUAUACCUGCAAAAUAACCAGAUCACGACCAUCACAAAUGGAGUCUUUGAUAAUGCUCCAAAUUUAGCUUGGAUCAGCCUACACACAAAUAAACUGAGCUCUGACAAGAUUGGUGACAAAGUCUUAGCCAAACUACCAAACCUCGAGCGCCUCUUUUUACACAACAACAACCUGAGUCAGGUUCCACAGGGUUUACCACGUUCCCUACGAGAUCUACAUAUGAAUAAUAACAAUAUCUCGAAGAUCCCGGUCGAAUCUUUCCGUGGAAUGAGCAACCUGACGGGUCUGCACCUCCAAGUGAACGCCAUUGAAGACCUCAGCAAUGCACUUGAGGGUCUGCAUUCAUUGACCCUGUUAGACUUACGAGGAAACCGACUGAAGAAGAUUCCAGAAAGCCUGCCGCCAAAGCUGAGCCAGCUCUACCUCGAGUACAACCGCAUAUCCAGCGUUCCUGCUGAUUUUCUGAGCCAGCGGCCUGAGCUGCGCUUCGUACGGCUGUCCCACAACCAGCUCACAAAUGAGGGAAUUCCAGCCAACGCUUUCAAUGUCAGCACACUCGUGGAGCUUGAUUUGUCCUUCAACAAGUUGGAGAGGAUUCCCAUUGUCAGCACCAGUCUGGAGAAUCUGUAUCUCCAGGCCAACAAGAUCAAAGAAUUUUCAGUGAGCAGUUUCUGCAGAGUUGUGGAUACAAACAAUUACUCUAAUCUGCGUGUACUGCGUCUGGAUGCCAAUGAAAUCAGAGCCCAAGACAUAUCGACUGAAGUUGUACUCUGUCUGCGCCUGGCAACCAACAUCGACUUGUAG